AUGUCCUUCAACGAUCUGGAACGGGGCGAAUCAUCCCAACCGCUGCUCCGGGGCGGACGUCCAGAUGAGGACCGCACGUUCACCUCUUUGAAAGACACCUGCUCCAUACAGAUCUUCAAGAUCCAGAGCAAUGUCCAGGGGAUCCAGCGGCUGGUAGAGAAGCUGGGUGGAGCAGCUGAUGGGCCAAACUUGCGGAGCAGCUUGCACAAUCUGACGGAUGCGACGAGGGACAUGGUCAAGAAGUCCACAGAGGAGGUAAAGAAGCUAGCGGCUUUCCCAGCGGGUGGACCACAUGCUUCACGGAAACCAAUCCAGACCAAGCUGUCCCGAGAUUUCACGACCGCCAUUACGGCGUUUCAGCGGGUCCAGCGACUGUCUGCGGAGAAACAGCGGAGCAAUGUCGAGGUGCAGAAGCGGAGGGUGGAUCAGAUGGUGGAAGAGGCAGAAGGCAGUGGGGGUGUCAUGGAGGAAAGAGGGAGUGUGGAGCUGGAGAGGGUGCAGCAGCAGACGCAGAUCCAGGCUCAGGCGCCGGGGGUCACAGCGCAGGAGCUGGACUUCCAGGAGACGCUGAUAGCGGAGCGAGAAGCCGAGAUCCGGGAUAUAGAAAGCGGUAUCCACGAGCUGAACGAUAUCUUCCGAGAUCUGGGUACGAUCGUAUCAGAGCAGGGCGGGCUCAUAGAUAAUAUCGAGAGCAACAUCACUUCCGUCGCACAAAAUACCUCAUCAGCUGCGGAGGAGCUCACGACGGCGCACGAGUAUCAGCGGAAAGCCGGGAGACGGAUGGUGUGUCUGUUGUUGAUCUUGAUUGUGGUCAUUCUGGUCAUCCUUCUGGCUAUCCUCUCGUGA